AUAUCUCUAAUCCCCACCAAUCACCAUGGAACGAUUCUCCCUCUUCUUCCUCCUCUUGUCCGCCUCCAUAACCGUCGCCGUUGCCAUCGAUGAAUCUGCUACGGAUCCGUUGAUCCGGCAAGUCGUCCCGGAGGAGGAGACCUCCGCCGAUCAUCUAUUGAACGCAGAACACCACUUCACUCUGUUCAAGAGCAAGUUCGGUAAGACGUAUGCGACUGCAGAUGAGCACGAUUACCGUCUGUCCGUCUUCAAGUCUAACCUUCGCCGUGCCAAGCGCCACCAGCAACUAGAUCCCACUGCUGAGCACGGCGUUACCAAGUUCUCCGAUUUGACCCCGUCGGAGUUCCGUAAGACAUACCUCGGCUUGAAGAAUCCUCUAAAAUAUCCCGCCGAUGCGAACAAGGCGCCUAUUCUUCCGACAACCGAUCUUCCUGAAGACUUUGACUGGCGCGAUCAUGGCGCUGUUACUGCCGUUAAAGAUCAGGGUUCAUGUGGAUCGUGUUGGUCUUUUAGUACAACCGGAGCUUUAGAAGGAUCCCACUUCCUUCAAACAGGGGAGUUGGUUAGCCUCAGUGAACAACAACUUGUGGAUUGUGAUCAUGAGUGUGAUCCAGAAGAAAAGAAUGCAUGUAAUGCAGGUUGCAAUGGUGGGCUGAUGACCAGUGCAUACGAGUACAUACUCAAGUCUGGUGGAAUUCAAAAAGAAUCCGAUUACCCCUACACAGGAAAAGAUGGCACUUGUCACUUUGACAAAUCCAAAAUCGCAGCAUCUGUAGCUAACUUUAGCGUCAUUGGCACAGAUGAAGACCAAAUCGCUGCUAAUCUUGUCAAACAUGGCCCUCUUUCAAUUGGAAUCAAUGCAGCUUGGAUGCAAACAUAUGUUGCUGGUUAUUCGCCUAGCAGACUUAAGGAGAAGCCGUACUGGAUCAUCAAGAAUUCAUGGGGAGCAAACUGGGGAGAGGAAGGGUACUACAAAAUCUGCAGUGGGUACAACUCAUGUGGAAUGGAUACCAUGGUUUCUGCAGUGGUUUCUACAAAUACUUGA